AUAGCAGGCGAGAGAGGGGGCGGGUUUGUUUUCGCUUCGGUCCCUCAAAAUAUUUUUCCCUGAAGGAGAGAGAGGAGGCUGGAGAGGCUGAAUUAACGAGAAAUUUGUUCAGAAGACAAAACUGGAUUAUCCUUGUAAAGAGAAGAUUCAACGAUGGAGCCUGUCCAUAUUAAAGAGGAGAGUCCUGUACUAGAAUCAGUCCAUAUUAAAGAGGAGAGUCCUGUACUAGUGCAGCAAACAGGCACUGGAAAGACUCCAUAUAACUGUCAUGAAUGCGGGGCAGAUUUCAGACACCACAGCACCGUGAAACACCACCUGCCAGUUCUGAAGGUACAGCUGGGUUAUCCUUGUGAAAGACAGGAUUCAGAGAUGGACCCUGUCCAUGUGAAAGAGGAGCUUCCUGAACUAGAUCCUGUCCAUGUGAAAGAGGAGAGUCCUAUACUAGAAUCAAUCCAUAUUAAAAGGGUUAUUCUCAAUUCUAAACCCUUAAGCAGCUUGCAGGGCUCUCUUCCCUGUCCUGGAUGUGGGGAGAAUUUUAAUCCUGAAGGAAACCUUGAAACAUCUCCUGGAAAGACUCUGCAUCGCUGUGCUGGAUGUGUGAAGACUUUCAGGGAGUCAGGAAUCCUGAACGGACAGCAGCAAACAGGCACUGGAAAGACUUCAUAUAACUGUCAUGAAUGCGGGGCAGAUUUCAGACACCACAGCACCGUGAAACACCACCUUCGAGUUCUGAAGGUACAGCUGGGUUAUCCUUAUGAAAGGCAGGAUUCAGAGAUGGAGCCUGUCCACAUUAAAGAGGAGCUUCCUGAACUAGAUCCUGUCCAUGUUAAACAGGAGACUCAUGUACUAGAAUCAGUCCAUAGUAAACAGGAGAGUCCUGCACUAGAAUCAGUCCAUAUUAAAAGGGUUAUUCUCAAUUCUAAACCCUUAAGCAGCUUGCAGGGCUCUCUUCCCUGUCCUGGAUGUGGGGAGAGUUUUAAUCCUGAAGGAAACCUUGAAACAUCUCCUGGAAAGACUCUGCAUCGCUGUGCUGGAUGUGUGAAGACUUUCAGGGAGUCAGGAAUCCUGAACGGACAGCAGCAAACAGGCACUGGAAAGACUUCAUAUAACUGUCAUGAAUGCGGGGCAGAUUUCAGACACCACAGCACCGUGAAACACCACCUUCGAGUUCUGAAGGUACAGCUGGGUUAUCCUUAUGAAAGGCAGGAUUCAGAGAUGGAGCCUGUCCACAUUAAAGAGGAGCUUCCUGAACUAGAUCCUGUCCAUGUUAAAGAGGAGACUCAUGUACUAGAAUCAGUCCAUAGUAAACAGGAGAGUCCUGAACUAGAAUCAGUCCAUAUUAAAGAGGAGAGUUCUGUACUAGAAUCAGUCCAUAUUAAAAGGGUUAUUCUCAAUUCUAAACCCUUAAGCAGCUUGCAGGGCUCUCUUCCCUGUCCUGGAUGUGGGGAGAGUUUUAAUCCUGAAGGAAACCUUGAAACAUCUUCUGGAAAGACUCUGCAUCGCUGUGCUGGAUGUGUGAAGCCUUUCUGGGAGUCAGAAAUCCUGAACGGACAGCAGCAAACAGGCACUGGAAAGACUCCAUAUAACUGUCAUGAAUGCAGGGCAGAUUUCAGACCCCACAGCACCGUGAAACACCACCUGCGAGUUCUGAAGGUACAGCUGGGUUAUCCUUGUGAAAGGCAGGAUUCAGAGAUGGAGACUGUCCACAUUAAAGAGGAGCUUCCUGAACUAGACCCUGUCCACAUUAAAGAGGAGCUUCCUGAACUAGACCCUGUCCGUGUUAAAGAGGAGGGUAACCAUUUUAAAACAAGCAGCUUGCAGGACUCUCUGUCCUGUACAGAAUCUAGAAAGCAUUUCAUUCAGUUACAAAACCUAAAACUUCACCACCGAAUCCACACAGGAAAGAAACAAUAUGGCUGUGCUAACUGUGUGAAGAGAUUCGAUAGAUUAAAGCAUCUUAUAGACCACCAGCAAAUGCACAUAGGAGAGAAACCACAUGACUGUGGUGAUUGUGGGAAGCGUUUCGGUGAUCCAUUCGACUUGAGAAGACACCGCAAAAUUCACACUGGAGAGUAUGUCUGUGCUGACUGUGGGAAGAGGUUCAAUCGUAUAGACUAUAUGAAACUUCACCAGCGAGUCCACACUGGAGAGAAACAAAAUGUCUGUGCUGACUGUGGGAAGAGUUUCAGUAAGGCAAGCCAAUUGAAAAUACACCAGAGAAUUCACAUAGGAGAGAAACUGUAUCUGUGUAGUAUGUGUGGGAAAAGAUUCAAACACUUACAAAGCCUGACACUUCACGAGCAAAUCCACACUGGAGAGGAAUACUAUGACAGUGGUAACUGUGGGAUGAGUUUCAGUCAGUCAGGCAACUUGAAAAUGCACCAGCGUAUCGACACUGGAGAGAAACCAUAUGUCUGUACUUACUGUGGGAAGAGUUUCUGUCAGUCAGGCAACUUGAAAAUGCACCAGCGAAUCCACACUGGAGAGAAACCAUAUGUCUGUACUUACUGUGGGAAGAGUUUCUGUCAGUCAGGCAACUUGAAAACUCACCAGCGAAUCCACACUGGACAGAAACUAUAUGUCUGUAAUUGCUGUGGGAAGAGUUUCAGGAGAUUAGGAGAUCUUAAAAUCCACCAGAUAAUUCACACAAGCAAGAAACCACAUGUCUGUGCUGACUGUGGGAAGAGUUUCAGGGGAUUAGGAGAACUUGCAAGCCACCAGAUAAUUCACACAGGAGAGAAACGACAUAUCUGUGCUGACUGUGGGAAGAGUUUCAGGGGAUUAGGAGAACUUGCAAGCCACCAGAUAAUUCACACAGGAGAGAAACGACAUGUCUGUGCUUACUGUGGGAAGAGUUUCAGUUACAGAAGCAACUUGAAAAUGCACCAGCGAAUCCACACUGGAGAGAAACCAUAUGUCUGUGGCAAUUGUGGGAAGAGUUUCAGUCAGUCAGGCAACUUGAAAAUGCACCAACGACUCCACACUGGAGAAAAACCAUAUGUCUGUACUUACUGUGGGAAGAGUUUCUGUCAGUCAGGCAACUUGAAAAUGCACCAAUUAAGGAACACAGCAGAGAAACCUUAUCACUGCAUUCACUGUGGGAAGUCUUGUACGUCUUACUGUUCUCUUAAAAGACACAAAUGCAAGUUGUGAAAGUUUAGGCAGAAUGUGAGUGUGUGUUCAUUCACCCGCACUCAGAAAUUCUGGUCGUUUUAAACAGCAGCUUAAUAUAUAAACUGUGAGAACUCUGGUGAAUGUCUACAGGUGAUACAGAUUGAUCAAUAUUAGUAUUCUGAAGCCGUUAAAUUAUAAAGUACAUUCCUAGUAUGCAAUAAGGCCCGACAGGGUGUCUGUAUACAUUGAAUAUACAGACGCCUCGGAGCGUUGUGUGAUACGAGGUGAAGCUGAGUGCCUCCAACCCCUGAGAAGUCUGUAUAUUCAACGUAUACGGUGUGGGAGAAAUUCAUAGUUGUAAUUGAAUGUACUUUGUAAAAAUGACAUUUCAAAUCUUAAACUAUGAGGCUUAAGAUGCUGUGAUGUUAAUUAAGUGUGUCUUCCCCCACCCUUCUCCCAUAACAUUCAAGAUCUACUUCAAAGGACUGGAUAUUAAUAACAGAGGGUCGUAAAGAUUUAAAUUGGUUUUAGUUUAGAUUACCUGCCAGUUUGGUCUAAACAAACAUAGCUGAUUCUUAUCUGUUAAUUAAGAAAGUCUGUCUGGAAGCCAGGAUACAACUUCCUUCCUAUAAAGGGUUAAGAAGUGCGACACCUGGUGGUUACGAGGUGCCAUGACUUUCAACCCAUGAAAUCAAUUGUUACCAUGAAACAUUGAAUGUUUAAGAGAAUAGAAAUUCCUAAUGUCCUUAUUCAAAAAAGUGAAUUGAAAAACAAACCUUUACGAGGGUAUAAUAUUAACUUGUGUAACAAUCUCAGGGUUUUAGAUUUACUAAUAAGUAUCAGAUUGAAACGUAACAGAUAGCAAUAACUUCACUGAUUUAAGUUGGUUUUAGAAUCAUUUUAAUAACAGAUCUUGCAGACGCAAUUUUAAGCGUUGUUUAAGUAUGUUUUCCCAAUAACACUCAAAUGUUUAUUGUGUUUUAAUGAAGUUUCAACUGAAGAUAAUUCUUACAUUAUUUUACUUGAAUUAUUGUGUAACAUGCUUAAUAUGCUUGUAACGGUAAUUUAGUUCGGAGAAUGAAACUGACAUUUUUAUUUUUCUAUGAUCAGUAUAAUUUUGUUCUAUAAAUGUUUUAAAGUCUCUCUCUCUCUCUCUCUCUCGCUCUCUCAAGGGAAGUAAUGUUAAAACUUUACAAUGCAUUAGUAAGACCUCAUCUAGAAUAUUGUGUUCAGUUCUGGUCACCUUGUUACAAUAAGGAUAUUGCUGCUCUAGAAAGAGUACAAAGAAGAGCAACCAGAAUUAUCCCGGGUUUAAAAGGCAUGUUGUAUGCAGACAGGCUGAAAGAAUUGAAUCUAUUCAGCCUUGAACAAAGAGGACUACGCGGUGAUCUGAUUCAAGCAUUCAAAAUCCUAAAAGGUAUAGCAAAUGUCGACCCAGGGGGCUUUUCCAACCUGAGACAGCGUGCUUAUGACAAUAUGUGUUUCCAUGUUUCAUUCCUGCUAUACUUAUAAUUCUGGUACCGUGAUUUCCAAUUUCUGUAUUCUUAUUACUUUUGUUAGCCUUAUUAAAGUUUAUUUUUGC